CAUGUUAUUGAUAACAUACAUAUUCUCAAAUCCCCACAAAGUCAUUUUCCUUUUUCUUUUGCCUUUUGGCUAAUAUCCAAAAUAGAUCCAAUCCUGGGUUCCGUCCAUUCCAACCCCAUCCCUGAAAAGUAUUGUUGUAUGAUCAUGAGAAUAAACGUUGACUGCAAUGCUUGUUGCCGAAAAUUAAGGAGAAUCAUUCUGAGGAUGAAAGUUAUCGAAACCCAUUUGAUAGAGAAGCAGCAACGCAGAGUGUGUGUGUGUGGCAGAUUUGUACCAUCAGAUGUUGCAAUAAAGAUAAAGAAGAAACUGAACCGUAGGGUUGAAAUCCUUGAAAUUCAAGAAUUUGAAGGCGAGGUACAAGAUGAACCACCGUAAUAAACAAAACAGAGAAACUUCACAUUCUCAGGGUGGCUAUAGUUCCUUCCUUUCCUAUUACCCAAUAUUUCUAAAGGAUAUUAUUUUGUAUAAUAUAGGCGGCUAAUUAAUUAUUCCCAAGACAUCAUAAAUUCUUAGAAAAUUUGAAUGAGAUAUGUAUAUUGUUACCGGACUGAAAAAGAAAACCGUAUGUUUGUAGGAAAAAAAAGUUGUGAAUGCAAACUUUCUUUAAAUAUCAUGAUUUUUUUUAUAAUUUUUAAUUUAAUUGAGCAUCUCAUGCAAUUUAUCAUAAACAACAAUUGAGCUUCUA